CCGUGCCUGUCUAUAGCUCUGAGCCGACUGGCGCCAACAUUGCGGGAGAAUGUGCCGAAAAAGAAGUUUGCAACAAACGCCUUCUUGUUUGCUGGUCACACACGAGGUCGCAGCACCAGCGUGCGCACGGUCCCGCCAGCAACGAUACUUGGUGCCAGCCUCCUUCGGAGAGUGAUCGCAGUCCCGCCGAGGCGCCGCAGCAAGAGCUCCGCUCCCCAUAUCCGCGCUCCCUGACUGAGAUUGAACGCUGCGGACCUGGAUCUCGAUCUGGCCUUCGCACGAGGGUCGAGCCUGGGGUCACUCACCGGACGGUGCCAGUUCCCGCCUCGGGGAGUCAUGGAGGUAGCCAGUGAGCAGCCGCGCUGGAUGCACCCGAUGCAGACCCACGACGCGCACGGCACGGCAGAGAGGAUGCACGCCGCGCACGCAGGGUUCGUGGAACCCUCCCAACUCCUCCCUCCCGAAGACAUCGACGUGUUCUUCCACCACCUCGACGCCCAGGGCAACCCGGUGAACCAGGCGGGCUACUACGCCUCGUCCGCCGCCCGAGCCGCCGCCGUGCACGGUUACCGCCCACCUCACGCGCCCGUAGCGGGGAGUCAGGUCUGCCGGCCACACUUCCACACGCCGACGGCCAUGCAGUGGAUCGAGAGUACCAAAAAAGUGACGCUGAUGCACCCGGGGCACAGUGGGCACACGGCCUGGUGCACCAACCCCUUCACCAAGUCGGUGCACCACCCCAGCGCCACCGGCCCCAUCACCGUGCAUCCCGCGUCGUCCCUGGCCUCGACCUCCAGCGCCCACACGUCCCCCUCUAUCUUCAACUUCCCACCGACGCCUCCCAAGGAGAACACCCCGGACAACGUGACCAGCAGCAGCAGCGCCGCAGCCGCCGCUCUCUCCUCGGGCACUGCUGACGACAAGCUCAAGGCGACCAACAAUCACUACAGCAUGGCUAAUUCCAUGACACCGUCCUUCUCUUCCUCGUCAGUGUCGCAGCCGCAGGCGCACCACCCCGUCCCAACCUACCCGGCCUACGUCAGCUCCGACUUCGCCUCCGGACUAGGCUUCCACCCGGGCGUCCUCAGCACCCACAACCCCCUCCCGCCUACAUCCGUGGCCAAGCCGAAGACGAAACGCUCCAGUACCGGACGACAGCGCACAUAUUGCUGCCCUACAGUGACUGCUCAACCGCCUGUCCCCGGCCAUUUCGACAGUCCCGAGCCCGCCGAGGGUCGAGAGUGCGUGAACUGUGGGGCGACCUCGACGCCUCUGUGGCGACGAGACGGGACGGGCCACUACCUGUGCAAUGCCUGUGGUCUCUACCACAAGAUGAACGGCCAGAACCGACCCCUCAUCAAGCCCAAGCGGAGACUGUCCGCUGCACGAAGAGCUGGUACCCAGUGCGCGAACUGCAAGACCACCACCACCACGCUGUGGCGAAGGAACCAGAACGGCGAUCCUGUGUGCAACGCCUGUGGACUUUACUACAAGCUGCACGCGGUGAACAGACCCCUGACCAUGAAGAAGGACGGCAUCCAGACACGUAACAGGAAAGUGUCCAACAAGUCCAAGAAGAAGGGGAAGCAGGACGAGCUGAACCUCAUGAAGUCGGACGACAAGCUGACGGCCUUCACGUCCAUGCCGGUAAACUCCCCGCCCUUCUCCGACUGCGGCGCCAGCCUGAGCGCGACCAUGCCCCACAUGAGCUACGUCCCCUCCAACUACACCAACCACCACAUGAUGUCCCACCCCUCGCACAUGCACCCCAGCUCCGGACUGUCCCUGGGCCACCACCCCCUCCACACGUCCUCCAGUAUAGUGGGUGCACUGGCGUAAGGAGCACGCGCUCCCCGACAUAUACCUCAUCCCUGCAGUGAAAAACUAAACUUUACCAAAUGAGGGUCAUGCCACCGUGCACGUCUGAGUUUCGCAGGGGUGCCCUGUAAAAUUCAGAGGUGCCCUGGCAUGAUUUGAGAAACCAAAAAUCCAUUUACAUGUCCCCUUUGUGACGUUGGACUUGAUGAUACAGUAUUUCCCAUUAUUAUACCAUGUUGCAUUAAUAAACCGGCUAUCGCCAUGCAGUGUAAAGCCUACCAAACCAAUGAGAACCCUUGAGAGAGAGCACAUACAGAAAGUUUUAUAUAGUGUUAGUACGUAGCUCCGAAUGUUGUUGGCCUUGUGAAAACACCCACCUUUACCAACCAAUGCCUCCAGCUUCAAGUCUUGAGCUCUCAGGCAGCUGCCUCAUGUAAACUCAUUCCACUUCUGUGAAGAAACAAAAGAGAGUCAUUUCAGGAAUAUUUCACGUUGUAGAGGCACUAUGCUGAACACAGUAUAGCUUCUGUGGGCAUGUUAGCAAAAUCUGAAGCCAGAUAGUUUGUAAUCGAAAACAUUGAUCCCAACGUUGGUUUGGUUUGGGGUGAGAUUUUAGGUAUACUCUCUACAGAUGGGCCCACAUUUCCAUCAUGUACCAUUCCAUGUAAUUCCAUGACAUUCCCAGGAUAGCCAUACAUAUGUAUUUGUUGCAGGACCGAAAAUGUUCUGUGUAAAGUUUCUCCAUUUAUUCUGCACGUAUAGUGGUUGUACAUGACGACUUAUUGUUGCUGUGAGCAUGAUGAUGAUGUCUUGUAAUGUCUUGACGAUUUCGAAGUGCAGAAACUGUAGAUAUUAGUACCUAGGAUACCUUGUACAGACAGAGAGGGGCUUAUUAUUAACAAGCCCAGAUGUCAGAGUAGGCUACCGAAGUAUAAUAUUGAUGUCUGGGUUGAGUUGUGUUACAGAAUCUCGAAGCAUGCCUAGUUAGAUUGUUGUCUCUCUAUGAGGAGAGUUUUCCUGUGUUGUGAAAGAAAGAUAUCUUUGUAAUCAUUGUAUAGAACACUUACAUUGUUAUUUAUGCUGUAUCUAGAGAAAAAGGGUUAGGUAACGUGUGUCGUAGAAACUAAGAUCACCGAAAAAUUGUUAAGAGUAAUAGUUAUCCCUCACGAAGGUAUAUUUUUGUAUUUUCCUUUUUGAUUCAUCAUCCUAUUGUUAAGUUUCUGUAUGCAGUGUUUGGUGACUUCCCGUUUGAAUCGUGAAAAAAAAACGAAAUGUCGCAAAAUUAUACAGGAAUCAGUGAAAAGAGAAUAGCAAAGUGAGAAACAUUUUCUCAAGAAAGUGAACCCAGGGAAGAUGUUGGUGAAGACAACCGUGUGUUACUCCAAGACAAAUUUCUGUCUUGUCUUCUUUAAUGUAAAUAGUAGUGUCUAAACGCAGCACAAUUGUAGCCAUGAAGUUGUUCUAUUUAGUUCACCUUUGUUUUUUGGUUUUGUUCACUUGUUCUUCCAACAUGCUGUGCAAUAUAUCCAGUAUUUUGACUAUCAUAGAAAAAAAAACAAGCAAGAGAAGUCAGGUUUUUUUAAAAGGUGUCAUCUGCACCAAGAGUUCAUAGCCAUAUGUAUUGUAUCCCCUACCUUGUCCCAAUGAUACCAACUAAAUUAUUUAAAUGUCUUGUAUGUACAAUGCCUAUUUGUACAUGUAUGGAAGAAAUUGUGACUUAUUAAAGGCUGCUGGUUAAGCUGUAUACAGACA